AUGGCGAAGAAGACCAAGACUGGAAAGAAAGUGAAAAAGCUCGCCACGGAGAAGCGACGGGUGCGAGGAAAAGGCGGUCGCUCCAAGAAUGCAUACCUCUACUUUUCCACGGCCAAGCGGAAGGAGGUUCUCCGGGCAACAGGCAUCGAAGAUGUGCCGGACAACUUUGCGGAAGCUGCCAAGGCUCUGUCUGCAGCCUGGGCCAAAUUGUCCAGCAGUCAGCGCCGGCCCUAUGAAACCUGUGCUGCGCUGGAUCGGUGUCGUCGAGACAUCGAGCAUUUACGAGGCAGUAAGCUCAAGGACCACUCCAAUCUGCAGGCGGUGCAUUCUGCAGUGGAGGCCUUGGCAAAAGCUGCCGCAUCGGCAGGCGCUGCCUCUGCGGCCGUGGGCCUGGUGGAGGCAUUGGAGGCCCUGGACGCGCGUCUCACCAACGGCGCCCGCGCGGCCUGCGCGGUGCGCGGGGGCGCGGCCUCCGCCGAGGCCAAGGCCGCGGGCAACGGCUUCGGCGCGCAGCUCGGAGGCCGCCUCGCGGCGCUGCUGCGGAAGUGGGCCAUGGCGCCGCAGUCGCAGGCGAGGCCUCACAAGAAGGCGAAGGUGGAAACGGCCCAAAGAUCGACCGCAACCUCAGAGGGUGUGAAAGAUGAGCUCAACGAUGGCAUGCGCUCCAAGUUUGUGGGUUUCCUCAUGCGCACGGCGGCGCAGAAAGUGGGGCAUGCCAGUUUCGAGGUGUGCCGCAAGAUCGAGCAGGCGCUCUUCGACCAAUACGGCAAAGACCCCAAGGAGUACCGCCGCAGGGCUCGCAGCCUUAUACACAACCUGGGCGCCGGAGAUGGCAAUCUUUUGCGCCAGGUGCUGGAGGGGGCCUUGCCCGCCGCGCGCCUGGUGCAGCUGGAGGCCGAAGACCUGGCGCCCGAGGAGCUCAAGGCCAGGCGGAAGCAGGAGCGCGAGCGCUACUUUCGCUCGGAGGUCCAUCUCACCGCCGGACCUCCCAAGCGAAAGCGGGAUCUUUUUCAGCCCCGCCAGGAGCCCGAGUCGCAGAAGGAAAGUCCCAAAAAGCCCAAGCCGACGCCGGAGGAAAAGGAGGCUGCGGAGCUGGUGCCUAUGGAGUCUGAGUCUGUCUCGAGUCCAUCCAGCGCGUCUUCCUCGAGCAGCAUGUCCUCAGAUGAUGAAAGCGAGGAAAGCGUUUGGGAAGAUGACUUUGGCUGCCUCCCGCUGCAAGAUUCAGGAGCCCGUGGGCAAUCCAUGCAGGCUUCCUCCAGCAGCACAGCUCCGGCUGAGGAUGUAGCUCCCAGGAGCAAGGGCGCGUUGGCCACCUUGCUGCAGAUGGGCUUCGACGAGAAACGCGCCGCUGGCACCCUGGAGGCCACAGGCGGCAAUGUGGAGAAGGCCAUCGCAGCACUUGUCAGAGGGUCCAAGUCUAGUACAUAG